GCAGCCACCGCCGCCGGGUCGCCAGGUCGCGGGGGCCGCGGCGCUCGGGCCGCGUCGGUGCCUCCCAGGCGUGCUGCGCGGCCGUCGCUGCUGCCCGCGCUCGUGCCGCCGCCGCCGCCGCCACCGCCGCCGCCGCUGCCGGUUACGCCAGCCCCGCCGCCGCCCGCUCUGAUUCUGCGCAUAGGCAGCCCCCAAGCCUGUCAUUCUGCAAAAACACAGUUUACUCAACACACCACACACACUCACACACACACGCGCGCACACACACGCGCACACUGGCCCCCUCGCGCACACGCACGGAGGGCGCGAGCGAGCAGACGCGCACACCCGGCGAGCCAAGUUCCGCAGCCUGGCAUGGCUUCUGGGGACCUUUACGAGGUGGAAAGGAUCGUGGACAAGAGGAAGAACAAGAAAGGAAAAUGGGAGUAUCUGAUCCGGUGGAAAGGCUACGGGAGCACGGAGGACACGUGGGAGCCGGAGCACCACCUCUUGCACUGUGAGGAAUUCAUCGACGAAUUCAACGGGCUGCACCUGUCCAAGGACAAGCGGCUCAAGUCAGGGAAGCAGGCCAGUGCCUCCAAGCUCCUGCGUGACGGCCGAGGCUCGUCGGUCGAGAAACUCUCCCACAGACCCUCCGAAUCGGGAAAGAGCAAAGGGACUUCCCAUAAACGGAAGCGAAUCAACCCAUCCCUUUCCAAGCCGAAGAAAGGCUAUUCAGCCAAGCUCCCUGCGGGAGGCGACAGGGCCACCAAGACGGUGUCUUACAGGACUACCCCCAGUGGUCUGCAGAUAAUGCCCCUGAAGAAGGCUCAGAAUGGGAUGGAAAAUGGGGACGCUGUCUCGGAGAAGGAAGAGAGGCACUUUGGAAACGGGUCCCACCAGGCUGGCUUGGAUCUGAAUGAGGUCGGAGAGCAGGACCUGGGGGACUGCGACGUGACCCAUGCGGCGCUGGCGGAGAACGGGCUCGGCUCUGCUCUGACCAACGGGGGCUUAAACCUGCCCAGCCCAGUGAAGAGGAAGCUGGAAGCGGAGAAGGACUACGUGUUCGACAAGCGGCUCAGGUACAGCGUCCGCCAGAAUGAAAGCAACUGCCGCUUCCGGGACAUCGUGGUGCGGAAGGAGGAGGGCUUCACGCACAUCCUGUUGUCCAGCCAGACCUCGGACAACAACGCGCUGACCCCCGAGAUCAUGAAGGAGGUCCGGCGUGCGCUCUGCAACGCAGCCGCGGAUGACAGCAAGCUGCUGCUUCUCAGCGCCGUGGGCAGCGUGUUCUGCAGCGGCCUGGACUACUCCUACCUGAUCGGCCGGUUGUCCAGUGACCGGAGAAAGGAGAGCACCCGGAUUGCAGAAGCCAUCAGGGACUUUGUGAAGGCCUUUAUCCAGUUUAAGAAGCCCAUCGUGGUGGCGAUCAAUGGGCCCGCCCUAGGCCUGGGCGCCUCCAUCCUGCCCCUGUGCGACAUCGUGUGGGCCAGUGAGAAGGCCUGGUUUCAGACCCCCUAUGCCACCAUCCGCCUCACGCCUGCCGGCUGUUCCUCGUACACUUUCCCCCAGAUCCUGGGCGUCGCGCUGGCCAACGAGAUGCUCUUCUGCGGGCGGAAGCUCACUGCCCAGGAGGCAUGCAGCCGAGGGCUGGUGUCCCAGGUUUUCUGGCCAACCACGUUCAGCCAGGAGGUCAUGUUGCGGGUCAAGGAGAUGGCAUCCUGCAGCGCGGUGGUGCUGGAGGAGUCGAAAUGUCUCGUCCGGAGCUUCCUGAAGUCAGUGCUCGAAGAUGUGAACGAGAAAGAAUGCCUCAUGCUCAAGCAACUCUGGAGUUCCUCCAAAGGCCUGGAUUCCCUGUUCAGCUACCUGCAGGACAAAAUUUACGAAGUCUGAGGGCCCUGGCUCACUUGCCCCAGUGCUCAUGGGCAUGUGACUUCUAGCUCUGCCCUGUGUUUCAGAAAUUGGAGCACAGCGGAUGCCCGGCCAAGGAGUCUGUCAAGGUGUCCCUUUAUACUAGGGUUGUAUCCAUGUCCUCGUGUCCUUUGGUUGCUCUUCAUUGGUUUGGUUUCGUGUCACGAUGGGAAACGCAGCAUACUUGGCCUCCCCCACGUCCCCUCCCCACCUGGCUGGAGAGCUAUCGAGGGCUAUAUCUUCCCAGGCUUCUGCCGGGUACCCCUGCCCUGUCCCCACUUGCUGAAAUGCACCAUCCUGGUCCAGGAAGGGGAAGACCAGUUUCCCCAUCCUUCCGACUCAGGCUGCGUCUACACAGUGCCUCUGAUUUGGAGACUUGGCUGCCAUGGCUCUCCCUGGUUAAGUGCAGACUCAGUGACCAGGGCUGGCCAGUCUUAGGGAGUCUCCAGACCAAUGAGCAGAACGAUCGUGUAGAGCCCGCCUCAGUCUCCUCUCUGAUGCAAAUCUGUGUGGCUUCUAGGGCUUGGUCUUAAAACCCAAUUGAGUGAUUUACAAACCCAGAUAUUGUACAUUUAGGAGUGUUUUGUUAAAUAUAUAUUUUUAAAACAAUGUAAGUGGAAAUUCUGAUAAUUUAUGUGUAUUAUAUGUAAAGCUAGUUUUGCAAAAACACAAACUACUAGGAAAAAUGUUUUUUCUUUAAUCAGACUUAUUUAAUUUAUUUAUUUUUGUUUAUAUACUAUGAUAUCUGUCGUUCUCACAGAUAUUAUUUUCAUACUGCCCUGGACCAAAUCCCCUACAAGGUUCAUGCUGUUGGGUGCAUUCUAGCAAAGAACCACGUUGAAAUAAGUUUUCAGAGAGAUGAGGAUGGAAGGAUUUCUGUGAAUGAAAGAAACAGCCCUGCACCAGGUUUUCUACAUGUGAAACAGUCCUGUGAUAACUGAAUACCUGUUCUUGGGAGAAAUCAUGGAAGCGUUUUCUCCCCACUCUGCUGCCUUUAAGGAGAUAAAGGGCCCUCCAGCCUGAAUGCUCCUGAGACACCCCCGGCCCCUAAUGGUGUGACAUCAGGAAGGGGUGGGGAGUGGGCCUGUCUGGGGAUUGCUCAUUAUUGUGGGGGACUUUUUUCUUUGGGACAAAUGACUCCACUUGGAUUUCUGAGUCCCUUUCUUCCACGUGGGUAUUGAGUCUGGUUUGGGCCGUCCAGGUUGGUGGGUAAAGUGUUCCCACUCUGUUGAGCUGUCAGUGGAAGGUCUGAAUCUUUCUGCCUCCAGAAGCCCGGACUCUCCAUCUUUUUUCAGGUUGUUGACACAUAUCAGGGAGCAGUAACCGGGAUGAGGCUUCCUGCCCCAGGGCCCGGGGCUGCAUGGGGACCCCAGCAUUGUAUUCAUACCAUCAGCCCAAAGCCUUGCUGCAGGGAAGCAGGGGGUUUUGGUUUUGGUUUUGGUUUUGGUUGGAGAGGAGAAGGUAAACGUCAAGAUCAGAGCAGAGACACAACACGUCCUGCGUGAGGCUUAAACCUGUUAAGGGUCAAACCCAGAGAAAGUUAGAUUCUCAGAGUGAUGUGAUUUCCCCACUGCCAUCACAACCCCAGUGUCCUCAGAUGACUUUUGGUCGCCCAUCUCCUCUUCCCUGUGUUAGUCACCGGCUUCUCUCGACCCUUCCUUGGACAGCGUUGGGUGGAGCCAUGAGAGUUGGGCACAGCUGGGGGAGGGGAUGCGGGCUGGGGAGAGGGAGGGUUGCUGCUACAGUUCUCUCUUCUCUCUCUGUUUGUCUGUCUCUCUUUCCCUCUCUCUGGCCCGUUUCCCGACUUAAGGGUGGCUGGAUGCAGUGGGCUGGGCAGGUGGAGAGGGUUCCUGGUCCUGCGCUUUGUGUUCCAGAGAGCAGGCGGGGUGUCUGCACUAGAGCUAGAGACAUGGGCCUUUAAACAGUGAACCUGGAGGUUACCUGGACCCUCCAUCCUUAAGGUGGCCUCAGUUUCCUCUGUAGAAAGCCUGUCUCCUGAGUUUCCCUAGAACUUCACAAGGGUCAGGGAAGAGGCAAUGGCUCACUUGCUUUUCCCUUCUCCUGCCACCUGUGACAUCUCGGCCCGGGGACCCAGCAUGGGGGACAGCCACCUUGACUGUAUCCAGCCAGAGGAAGUCCUGUGUACCCUCCCCGUGGUCCAUGUGGGAUCUGGUAGGAAGUGCAGACCCAGACUAUAGGGAAUUACUGUAGGGAAUCACCUGCUUUUGCCCAAAUACCUGUUGUCACAUCUCACCUUGGAUUUGUCUUCUUCCUUUCAGCAAGUCAGCGUGUGCUAUGCCAAAGCCCCUAGACAGCCUCAUCCUUGGCAGAUAAUUUCCAAACCACCUCUGAGUCAUCUAAAGAAAGAGCACCUCACCUUCUGUUUACCUUCUAGGGCUAGCCACCUUCAACAUCUAUAGAAGCAGUGUUAGGAUUCUCAUUGGAGAUGGAAAAAAGGAUGUUUGGAAAUUCCUUUUGUUCAGUGUCCACCUUUGUUCCCUGCCGGAAAAAACCUGAAGUGUUUUAGUUUUGGACUAAAACAUAGCUUUGGAUCAUCAAAUCCGAACUUCUAAAUACUUGGAGGAUCCCUGAUGAUAAGGUAGGAACGUGAGACCAUCACUGAGGUGGAAUGCCUGCUGUUAAUGCCCAGGUUCUGCGUAGAACAGGAGGUAUUUUACACGGCAGUCUGUAUUUUCAUUGUUUCCACACAGUUCAAGAAGGAUGUUCCACACAUUGGGCAAAAGUCGGUUAAAUCUGUUUGCUACAGGGUAGACUGAACCACUGAAUUUUUACCUUCUGAAUAGUAGCUUUGAUAACGUAUAAAUGAAAUCCAGGUAACUUGCAGCCCAUCAAGCUGGGCUGGAAUUUGUCAGAUCUGUGGAUGUUUCAGGGUAGUAGCUUUCUCGAGACAGGGGUCAGACGUGCGCUUUUUAUCUCCUAUCUCAGCAUCCUGUCUCCACCCGUGGAAUCCUUGCUCUCCUCUCUCUCCUCUGCUUUGCCCCCACCCCACCCAGUCUGUCACUUCCUAGGGUCUGGGCAGGUCUUCGAGGAAUUGUGCUUGGUCUUGGCAGCACCAUCCCAGAAUGCUUUUGGAGUUGGAAGAGUAGCCGUGGUGGGAAGUUGAGGGUACCUCUUUAGUCAAGGAGUCUUAUGGGCAGUCCGCUCUUUGUUGUCCUGUUGGCCAUGCAUGAGAACUCUCCUGUCCUCUCUUCUCCAGUCCCUGGUGAUUCACAUCUAACAUCUUGCAGUGGCACCAUUUGAGUUAACAGCCCUGUUCUAGGUGGACUUUUUGGAGAACUUUGCUAAGGUGGUCAGAGCUCCUCACCAUUUGGAAGCCUCAGCCUAAUACUAAUGCGCCCACAUGUCCCUUCCUGCUUUGAAGUAAUGUCUGUGGGUGAAAACCAUCAAACAUUGCUCUCCGGGAAUGAAACUGGGUAACUCUGAGAAGGUAGCAGAGAAUUGAUUUAAACUGUUAUUCUUGUUUGGUAUAAAUUAAACUAGGGAAUGUUCUCUCUGAAGCAUGAAAGUAUGUUUUUCCCCUACGAAGUUUAGUAUAAGGAUGGAAAAGUGAUAAUCACAAUAGACUUUGAUCAGUGCAACUUUAUCUCCAGAUAGCCACAUUUCAGAAUAGCCUGGACUGGAUACUGAAUUGCAUUUCCCAUUAUUAAUUGUUGGUUUAAAAAUAUUUUGUAAACUUUUCUUAAUUUGAAAUUUAGUCACAUUCGUGUAAUUUUCCAAUCUAGUUUCUGUGGAAAUUUUUUAACACAGAGAAACAAAUAGAAACAUCUUUCAAUCUUCCUAAGUGAGUAUUUAAAAUGCAGAAUUGCUUCUCUUCUGUGUUUCUGUAUUCAGAUGCUUAGAUCUGUUGUAUAUAUUAGUUUAGACAUCGUCACUAAUAUACACAGUAUUUAAGACUCUAAAUGAGAUUUCUUAAGUAUUUUAUUUUAUUCUCUGUAAAUGGUUUUGUAUAAUCUUUAAAAAUCUACACUUUGCCUUUGUAGAUAUUUAAGGGAAACCAUUUGGGGGGGGGGUGUCUUGCAUGUAUAUUUUUGUUGUAGAUAAGUGUUGCUUAGUUAUUUCUGCAAAUUUUGGUUGAAAUGCUUACAGACUUUAAUACAGUAUAUAUUUUCAGAAUAUAAACUUUUAUAUUUCUGUGGUAAGUUAGGAUAUGCGUUUUAGGCAAUCUUUUCCAUUACUAUCACUUGUUCUUUCAAAAAAUAGCAUUCUGGUUUGGUGCCAAUGGUUUGUUCCUUUUUUUCCAUUAGAAUCUAGUGCUCUUAUAUUGUUAGAGAGCAGGUUAAUUUUCUUUUUCUCAAAGUAAUUGAGUUUGAAGUAUAAUUUGAAAAUGUACUGAAUUUGUGAAUAAGCCUUACCCAGUAGGAUCGGUAAAUUUUCCAACCUUUGCAACUACGUACGUAGUUUAAGAUCUCCCCAUAAAUUCUCACUGUGUGGCAGUUGAUGGAGUUUGUGAACAGAGCCUUAAGCUUGUUGAAAAAAAAUAAAAGGUAAUACGGGUUGUUUCUUCCAAGCAGUUUAAGCCAUGCAGAUGGACUCUGUGCAUGGAGUCUGUACGCCAUGGUGGAUCUGGAGAGUUUGGUUGAGGUGAUGGCGGCAGGGGCCAGAGAGGCACCUUGGUGAUUGCCUUUGGCCAUACGAAUGGACCAAGGACAGGUUUCCCGGAGCCACCUUUGUACUAUUCACAUGGUUUAGACACGGUCACAGGGAGGGCUGCUGGUCUAUCACUUGUUUUGAACAAAUGGCAUUUCCUGCUCCUGACCUUGGCGGUUGACCCCAGGUUCCUUGCAGGUGACCUGGAAAUGUCCAGUCUGGCUGAGGUCAGCACUCCUUGAGAGACGUUAACAAAGUUUACAUGUGAGUCUUACUGUGUAGACAAUCUCAAGUCAAUUUCAGUUACAUAAUCAGCAUUCCCAUGUGUCCUGAGCGUCUUAUCCAUGGACUACGUGUGUUAAGCCAUACCGAACCUCAGUUUAGCAGGGGACAGGCAGACCAGAUGCAGAACAUACACAUCAGCUGAGUCCGUCCACCUGGGGCUGUUUUAAUGGAGCGUAAGUCAUGGAGCUCAUUGGCAGUGCAUCCACUGUGUCUGGAAUCUAAUAAAGUCAACUAAAAUUUGGGACUUAAAUUUUUUUUAAUUAUGAUUCUUUUCAGUUGGCCAUGCUUCCAUAAUUACCUACUGAUUCUCCUUACCAAGGCUUUACAGAUAGAUAAUCUUGAGACCAGGACCAGGGCUAUAGCACGGCUAAUGUCAGAUGAUUUGGUUCAUCUCGAGUAAGUGUUCAUGAAGUCAACUUAUCCACCAUGAGGAUGGAGAUGGGCUGCAAGUACUUGCAGUGUGUGUGUCAGUCAGAAAAACUGACACCUAGUUUUAAACUUCAGCUCUGGUGUCUCUAUGGGUUGACCAUGCCUCUUGUGCCCAACACCUGGCCUCAUGCUGAAGCCCAUUAAGGCAACUCUGGGAAGUUUGGAGGGUGUAACAUUUUCCAUCUAGUAUUUAAUUUGUCCCUGUGCCAUUAGUCCCAGCUUGAAGUCAUUUGCUGAUGUCCGUGUUGACAGGAUUGUGAAAAUAUUGCCUUUCAUAAAACCAAGGACCAAAGAAUUCCAUUAUUCCAACAAAGCACGAGUUUCAUGGAUUGUGGGCACAUCUAGACAGAGAUGUGCACGCUUCAUGGCACAGAGAAACUCACUUCCACCAGCCUCAUGCUCCCCCUGGCUGGCCACACACAGGGAUUUGUUUGUCACCUUGAGGAGGCUCUGAAAAGUGAGUUUCUCAAAUUGAAACUCGCUAUCUCAAGUGAGUGUUUCUACUGUGUAGUUCCAGCCUUUAUCCGUACCAUGAAGAGUGGAGGUCGGCAUUCUUGCAGGAGAUCUGACCAGUGUAGACUGCUCCAUCUGAAUAGGAACCUCCAGCGGAGUUUUUCAGAUGUGUCCACACUGAGCAGUGAGAUCCUGCAGCUGCUGAAUUUCCGCGUCCUUUGUGUUUUCCAUUGACCCAUUCCAACUCCUGUUUAGCCUGAGAAUUCUCUUCAAUUCUCACACUAAGUCAUGCUCCAUUCUCAUUCAUGAUGAAAUCAUCAAUCCAUUAACCAGUUGAGAAAUGAUUUAAGAAGUGGUUUUCCAGUGGUAAGGCUUAUCACCAAACUUCUGAUAAUGAAGCAGGCUACCAAAAACGUACCCAGCCCACCCUGGGGGUGUUUGGAUUUGAUCAUGGGUCUAGCACACACACCAAAAUCCAAGGAGACCUUUGCAAAUUAGGCUACUCGUUUUAUUUUGCCAGGUUGUCACGGGAGAGUCUUUAACUAGUUCUGAGUAUUUGUAAGUAUGAGUACUUCAUAGACUUAUAAAAGCAGGUACAGAAGACCCUUUCUCACCGCGCUGUAAAUAUUACCCGAGACUGGGUGCAGUCCUGAGGGAUAAUAAUCUUCUGAUUUAUCAAAUGCUGACUGUCUAGAGCAAAUUGUACACUCUCUUUGUGAAUGGUCCUGUAACGUGUAUGAACACAUUUCUGGGUGCCUUAGAAGUUGUAUUUUUCAUGUGUGCUAAUACGCAGUAUUUAUACAUUGUGAGAAGCUGCUUUGAAUAAAAAGGUUUAAACUGCCUCUGCA